AUGCAGGAUCACUAUUGUAAGCUCCAUAAAAAAUUUUAAAAUCGUUGGAUUCUUAUAGCUCCUCCGUAUUAAAAUCGAACAUUUUGUGAAUGUUGUAAAUUUCAAUUAGACAAGGGAGAAGAACUAUUUAUCACCAUAGAAGAGUUUUAAGAAAAAUACAUAAACCCCCUUAAAGAUAGAAUUAAGGAUCAAAAAUAGUCUGAAAACGUUGAUAAACUUUGCAAAAUAUUUAAAACUCUGCUAUGUGAAAUAGAAAAAAUUUUAAUAUAGAUGAAUAAUAUAAAAAUUAACUUUGAAGAAAUUUUUGAAGAUAUUAAAAAACAAUAGUAGGAAUUUGAGAAUAUCAUAAAUAACCAUUCAUUUGAAAACCCUCAUUAAUUUUCUUUGAAAGAAAUUAUUUAAUUGAAAAAUAGCAAUAAAUUAAAUGAUUUGUAAGAUUAAAAGUUUUCUUAUUUCAAAUCAUUCAAUGAAGUUGUCAAUUAGUUAGAAAAUAUAAUAACAGGAUUUAAAAUCUAAAUAGAUCAAUAAGAUUAGAUUGUUUCAAAAAAUUUUUAAGAAUAUAAAGAUUAAAAGAAAGAUGAAUUCAAGUGGGUAGGUAAGAAAAAGUAUAUAGGACAAUUUUGGAAUAAAAACAUAGAAAUAUACUAAAAAUUCCACUUUAAUUUAGAAUUUUGUUUAAAUAAUGAAAUCAUUUAUGAAGAGUUUGAUGGAACUACUUUGAGAUAGUAUAAAUAUUUUUUAAAUUGUUAGAGAAUAAAUAUAUGAUAUCACUAAGUAGCCAAUUAUUUUAGUAAAUAAUGAAUAAAUUAAAAAUUUUUAAUGGGUUGGGGAGUAUGAAAAAGUAUAAAAGGUGGGCAAAUGGAAAGCAUAUUGGAAUGGAUAAAUAAUACCACAAAUUGAAGGGUACUACUUUGAAGGAAUGAAGAAUGGUUUUUGGAAAGAAUGCUCAAAAAAUUAUUGUAGGUAUUUUUUUGAUUUAUUAUUUACAAAAGUCAAGUUAAUUGUUUUGAAUAAGGAUUUUACUGCAAUGAAAAAAGAAAAGGAAUAUGGAGGUACCUUUACGAAGAUAUUGAGAUGUAUCAUAAAAUUAUUUUAAAUUUAAGAGGAGGAGGUUUAUAUAACGAUUCAAAUUAAAAACACGGAAUAUGGACUGAACUGAGCGAUCAUUUUUGUUCUAAAGUUUAGAUUAUUUAUAAUGGUAAAUUUUAAAAUGAUAAUAAAACUGGAAUAUGGGUUAUUUUAUUUAGAGACAUGAUAAAUCAACCAUUUAAGCAGAUGUAUGAUGUUAAUUUAAUUAUUUAUUACUGCAUUUUCUGGAAUAAUCCAUUAGUGGAGGCGGAUUAUAUUAAAUUUGUGUUGAUCAAAAUAAAUAAUAAAACCGAAAUGGGUUAGAUAAUUGUAUUUCUGAAAAUAUGUAGAAAUCUAAAGGAUUCAAAGAAUUUUCUUACUACUCUAUCUCUCCUAAUAUGGACUAAGAAUUAAAAUCUUCCUCAAAAAUAUAUAAUGAUUCGUAAAUUAUAUAAAUUAGUAUCUUUUAAAGAUCAUAUCCUGUAUAUGAAAAAGUUGGUUCAAUUAAGAUAGGAAAAUGGGUAGAUUUGUGGGAUUAGUUUAGGUAGACAGCAUAGGUGACUUAUAGUGGUGAAUAUAAUAUGAAGGGUAUUAAGGUUGGUCAUUGGGAUAUUAAAUUAGAGG